AUGAGAUUUAUCAAUUUGGUGUCUUGGUCAUUCUUAGCUCUUAGCUGUACUGUCUCAGCCAAGCAUUCCAAGCAGCCUCAUGGUGAUAUAUCAGUUUAUGAAUUGAAUAAUAAACCACAUACUAAUUCACAAAUUUCAACAAUUUCUGCUCAUGAAGCAUUUGCUUAUUUUGGUGAUAAAUUGGGUAUUGAAGAUAGAUUUCAAUUAGGUGGCUCUGAUUCUAAAUUUAUUGAAUUCCUUAAUGAACAACAUAAUGUCAAUGAGGAAGAAUUGCCAAGUUUAUUUGUUUAUUUAAGAGGUGUUGAAGGAUUGGGUGAACCUUCCUUUAUGAUUAAUCAUAAGAAAAACGUACAUCAAUUGCUAUUUAAGAAAUUACCUAAAUUGUUGAGUAAAUAUGGAAAUCAAGUUAUUCAAUUAACUCCAGAAAUUAAAUUAAUCACAAAGGAAGAAAAUCAUGAAAGUUUGAUUGAUCAUUUUAAUUAUUUCAAUGAAAAGUUGUUAAAUAUUUGGAAAUCUUAUACAUCAAAAGAUAAUCAAAUGAUUUUAUCUUAUCAAUUAUCAAAUGAUAGGUUAUUCAUUAAUGAAUUAUCACAAUUGAUUCAUUUAGGUAAAACAAAAUUAUCUCCUACUGAUAGUUUGUUCAUUGAAUUAUCAUCAUUGUUAUCUAUUAAACAUAAAAUUGGAGAUUCUCAAACAUAUCACGAUUCCCAACAAAUAUUAUUCAAAGAAUUAAACAACUUAUCAUCCAAAUUCAAUAUCAUCGUUAUUUCAAACCCUUCUCAUGAAAAUAUCAGACAAGUACAAAAAAGAGAUUCAGAACUUUCAUCAAUAUUGAAAAAACGUCAAACUGCCUUCUCCAAAGGAUUCGAUUCUAAAGAUGCUUGUGAAGUAGCUACUGAUAAAUGUAGUUCUCAUGGAGAUUGUGUUGAAUCUGGUUCAGUUUGGGCAUGUGCAUGUAAACCAUCUUUCAAUAAGAAAACUUCUAAGACCACAAGAUGGGUUGGAUCUGAUUGUGCUAAGAAAGAUAUUUCAGUAGAAGCAAAUCUCUUCCUUUGGACGACUUUAGGUUUAUUAGUAUUAUUUGUUGGUGGAAUCAAAUUAUUAAUGAAUAUUGGAAAUGAACCUUUGCCUGGUGUAUUAGACGCUGCUACCAUUCCUAGAAAGAAUGCAUAG